AUGGAGAACUGGGACGACGAUUUCGGCGAUGAGGCAGACCUCGUGCUGCGCGCGUCUACCUCAACGGUCUCCUCUUCCGAAGACAACGAUUUUGGUGGUCUGAUACACAAACUGGGCUCCAACGCGACUUCAACCACCAAGUCGCCGAUAAAACGACCUGUCACGAAUAUGAAGAACUUUCGCAGUCUGGAUGACAUGCCGGACUUUACGACAUUACAAACAGUUCUUUCCGACGACGAUUUAGAAGGAUUUGACGACUUUCCCACUAUCAAGGGCAAACCGCUGACGUUGAAACCACAGAUAAGCAUACAGAAAUCCAAUAAAACGACACAAGGGAAGCACCAGUCGCGAGACACUGAUUGGGGAGACGACUUUGAAGAUGGAUUUGAUCUCCCUACAGACUUUACCCCUCUUUCCGUUCGCAAAAAGACAAUUUACCCCAGUGGCUUGGACGUUCCUGAGCCCGUGACGCCUACACGUUCUCCAUCAAAGGGCCGCGAAUCGCCCUCUACGUCGAUAUUCUCACCCGCUUCUUCCCACUACUCUGAGACAGACGCGCCGGAAGGCGACAUGUGCGAGGGUUUCGAUUUGCCCAACCUAGACAAUAUCGACCUUGGCAAGGUGUUGGAGGAACGCCAGAGAGUCGCCGAGGCGGAAGCAGAAGCCGAGGCAGCUCAGUGGCAGCAAAAACCAGCCCAAGAUGACUUCUUUGACGGAAUAGAGCUCAACGACGACUCUUUCGUGAAUGUCAAGUCCACUGUCAACAAGAACAUCUUGAAGAACGGAAAGUCCGUGGGUAAGCUUCAAAAGCGGAGGGCAAGUCAGAACACCUCCGGCUCGACAAUGCGUGGCCUAUCUCACAUGCCAUCUUUGCCGUCGUUGAAACCAGCUUUAAGAGUCAACCCGAGUCCAAAGCUAGCAUCCAACACUAGACAAAUCCGACCGGCGCAGUCCAUGGUGAACAUUCGAGACCGUCGCAAACAGGACACAGUCAAGGUGGACUCGUUGGAGAGUCUUCGCAAGUACAACACUGUGAAGACGUUGAGUCGACCCAAAUCGCGAAUCCAGUUCGAUGGGUUUGAGCUUGAUGAUCUGGAUGAUCUGGAUGUGGCACGAGAUGCCCCACGCGACUUUGGCACAGUUACACGCGACUCCGUGAAGCCUUUGGAGGCCUACCGCGAAAGCACUGUGCGGAAUCCGACAUAUGCAUCCAUGCUCAAGGCAAAGGGCCCUACGUCCCGUGAGAGCGGAGGGUCGCGUGAUGGGACAAUCAAAGCCCGUGACCUGGGCGGUGCUGGACCACGCGAUGGAGGUGGAACGGUCAGAGUGCGUGAACCCCGGUUCCGGGCCAAACGUGGCCUCAUUCGGCCGCUAGGAACUCACUUCACACCCCCGACUAACUCUUCCAUGUCGUUCAACCCUACAACGAUGUUGUGGGAAGGUAAUGACGUCGAUCUGAAGCGAUUUGAGUCGGCUAAACCUGCUCUUCUUGCAUUCAAGUCGACUAAGGGCGCACAGGUUGUUGGAAAUAUGUAUUUUGACCCCGUCAAGCUGUGCUGGAAAAGCAUGGAGGUGGAUAUUGACGAGCUUGAGGGAUUGGAAGACCUGGAGGAGGAGCCCACUUCCAUUGGUUUUGGAGGACGGGGUUUCAGUGGAGCAGCUGACGGGCAUGAGUUUGAUCUUUCUGAUGAGUUUGUGUCAAAGUUGAAACAUCAGGAGGAGAGAUGGAACAGGAAAACAGCUGGGUGGUUCGAAGUGGGAGCCAAGUUCGAUAGAGACUAUUUGUGGGAUCUACGAAAGUUGAUCACCAAUACCGCAAAGAAGUGA